GGCUCCGCCCCUCCUUUAUAAGGUGAAGAGGAAGGGGCCAGAACAGCCACAGCAGUUGGGAGAGGAGCGUCUGCCCGGUGGGGUCCGGGUUAGCGGAGCCAUGGCAGACCAGUCUUUUGUGACGUUAGCCACAAAUGAUUCCUAUGUGAAAGGAGCACUUGUACUGGGAUCGUCACUACGAAAGUACAGAACAACAAGGAAGUUGACAGUGCUGAUCACACCACAUGUUUCAGACCCAAUGAGGAAAGUACUGGAAAAAAUAUUUGAUCAAGUGAAGCCCGUAGACGUCUUGGACAGUGGAGAUUCAGCCCAUCUUGCGCUGUUGAAAAGGCCUGAGCUUGGUGUUACACUGACAAAACUCCACUGCUGGGAAUUAACAGAGUAUUCAAAGUGUGUGUUCAUGGAUGCAGACACGAUGGUUUUGUCAAAUAUAGAUGAGCUUUUCGAAAGAGAAGAACUUUCUGCUGCACCUGAUCCAGGCUGGCCUGACUGUUUCAAUUCGGGAGUUUUUGUAUAUCGGCCUUCUGUUGAAACAUUCAAUCAGCUGUUGCAGCUUGCUACAGAGAAAGGCAGCUUUGAUGGUGGGGACCAGGGCUUAUUAAACACCUUCUUCAGCAAUUGGGCAACAGCAGACAUUAGCAAACACCUGCCAUUUAUUUAUAAUUUAAGCAGUAUUUCUAUAUACUCCUAUCUUCCAGCAUUUAAAGCGUUUGGAACAAAUGCAAAAGUGGUACACUUUCUGGGGAAACUUAAGCCAUGGAACUACGCUUAUGACUCCAAAGCCAAAAGUGUCAAAGAAGAUGCUCAAGGCCCCACAGUAGUUCACCCAGAGUUCCUCAAUAUGUGGUGGGAUACCUUUAUCACAGAUAUUUUGCCAUUAUUACAGCAGCAUGGUGCCAUUAAAGACACAGCGACUGGUGUAAAGGCGCUGUCGGGCUUGGUCUAUACACUGGCUUUCUCUUGUGGCUUCUGUAGAGAGGAGGAGGUAGCAGAGUCAGUGUCCCACCUGUCAAUUUCAUCUACAGCGCUGACACACGUGCCACCCUCGCCGCCCCCCAUGUCCUCAGAGGAGCGCAAAGAAAGAUGGGAGCAGGGCCAGGCCGACUAUAUGGGAGCAGACAGCUUUGACAACAUCCAGAAGAAACUGGAUACCUACCUCCAGUAGAAAGAAGCACUUGUAUCUGCUCUGCAGAUGUCAGCAAUACAAGGACUUUUCAGAGCUAUAGCAACUAGAAAAGUCAGAUAGGGUCGAUUAAACUUGCUAGCAGCUUUGCCACUGCUGAGCUGAAGGCUGUUGGCAGUACUGGAGAUAAGAACUGAACAAAAUCUGUUUUAAGUAUGAAUCCUUGUGCCAAUUUUGUGUCCAACAGCCAGAUCUUUUCCUCUUCCACAAAAACUAAUGAACAUACCUGUAGAGAACUCAUUGGGAACAGGGCACACAACUGGCUUGAAUCUUACUCCUUAGACCUAUAGGACUGUGCUUUAUCUCCUUCCCUUCACCCCCAACCUGUGUUUGGCUUGCUAUGUUAUAAUGAUGGCUAGAAAGUGAGGCAGCUACAGUGAAAGGGGCCUUACAGAAAGAAAGGGCAUGAAAGGGUGGCAACAUCGUACUGAUAUUGCCUUUCUGUCAAUUCCAGCCAUAUUGAAAAUCCUGACCAGACAUCUAUGCACACUAUCCACAGCAUGGCAAAUACUUUCAUUCAGUUGUGUAUUUCUGGGACUAGUUAAAACAUCAAAACCUUUUGAAGUUACCUGUAACACAGCAGUCAAAUACAAAAAUAAAGAAAUCAUGGUAAAAUCUAAA